UCAGCCAGCCCGUCCUCCUCACAUACCCAUGUGGCCCUUCCUGAGCAAUGAUCUCUUCCAACCCCCCACCGAAGCCUGGCUCCAGACGGUCUCCUCAGAUCCUGAGGCCCAAGGUUGGGGGGCCUGGGGCGAGGAUGAAAAGACACCUUUGGUGCCAAGGACUGGAAGCACAAUGGAAAGUGACAGGGAAGCUGAGGAAAAUGAAGAUGCAGGCUUCCUGCUGUCCUUGCUGGAGCCAGAGAAGCUGGCCAAGUCCCCGCUAUACAACCAGAAGGGCCUGCAGGCCCCUAUCCCAAGCUUACUAUGGGAUGACCAACAGGAGUUGGAAGCCAUCAGGCUGAAGCUGUGGGCCAUGGAGCAUGCUGAGGCCAUGCCAGAGCCACCCUGUAUACAGAGAAAGGCCACAGAGGAAGAGGGGGCUGAGGUCAGACAGCUGCCAAGCCCUGGGAUCAUGGGCCGCAUCUUUCCUGGGACCCCCAAGGAAAAUGUGGAGGCUGACCACAGAUCUGUCUAUGUGGGCAAUGUGGAUUACGGAGGGUCAGCUGCCGAGCUGGAGGCCUACUUCAGCCCCUGUGGGGAGAUUCACCGGGUCACCAUCCUGUGCGACAAGUUCUCUGGACACCCCAAGGGCUACGCAUAUAUAGAGUUUGUGGCCCAGAGCUCUGUUCAGGCUGCUGUGGAGAUGAAUGAGAGCACCUUCCGAGGGCGGGUCAUCAAGGUGCUUCCCAAGAGAACGAACUUCCCUGGAAUCAGCUCCACAGAUCGUGGUGGGCCUCGGACACACCUGGGCAGCAGGGCCCAACCCUUCCUGCACAGUAGCCUCCGUCAAAGACCUCGAUUCAGACCCCAUAGACAGAGCCGGGGUCAUGGACGAGUCUCACCGUGGUUUUCACCAUAUUGAAAGUGUGGCCGGGAGCUGGGGUCAGGAGUAAACCACUGUCUCCCCACUUACCCCAGACUGGUCUUCCAAGCCUGACAGCCCACAGGGGCCUUUGAUGGUGCUUAGAUCCCAGAGUCCUAGUGGGAAGGCAUAGGGCGGAAAGAGGACAGGAGUGGGAGGGGAGGCCCAGGGUAAGCUGGGAUUGACAUACUCGAGUGCUUUUAAAGAAAAAUAGGCCUGUGUAUUAACAGUAAAACAUAAAUUAUUAAACUUGAAUCUAUUUUAACAGCA